AUGGGCAAACUCAACCUCACAGCCCUUCGGGUGCGGCAGACGGCCAUCAACCAAGCAGCAGCCGGCAAGAUCAAGAGACUUCCGCAAUGGGUUGAUGUAGUGGGCGAUAUCCCUCCAGCGCAGGUUCUUGUGCGGAACCAAGCACCACAGCACCAGCUCUUCCGGCAGCGAAUCAAGACGGAUCGCGAGACUGGCAAACAGAAUGUUGUUUUCCAGGCCCAAGAAAAGAGAGUGAAGCCGAAGAAAGCUAGUCGGCUGUUCCAGCCCGUUGAGAUGAGAUUCGAAGAAGACCAGCUGCGAAAGGAGUUUUACCGGGACCACCCUUGGGAACUUGCGAGACCCCGCGUCCUUGUUGAAACAUCUGGUAAAGACUUUGAGAAACACAAUUGGAGACGGAUCCAGCAGCCAGGGAAGAAACUGGAUGGUGAAAGUGUGGUCCAACGUCAACUCUGGCUUUUGAAUAACGUCCCGGAUAUAACCAAGACUGAAGCUUAUGACAUUGCCCGCCGUGAAUUCUACCGACUCCGCUUACAAGAAGACAUCGAACGACGGGUUGCUGCUGAAGAGGCCGAGGCAACCGGCGCAGAAUUCCAACCUAGGAUGCUUGAUCUUGGUAUGGAAUUGGAGAACGAGGAAUUCGAGCGAUGGAAGGAGUGGGCCCAGAUGGAGGCUCAGCUCUUGAACCAGAAAGCAGCGUCCUUUAGCGGUGCCCCGGAAAGCGCGGAUAGCGAGGAUGCGGCUGUAUUGGAUGAAGGUGUGGAAGAGGGUGCUACAGUGACCGCGGAGCCUACACCUCGACGUAGUGCUCUCUGA